AUGGAAAUUAGUGAAUCGUGCCUAGAAGGGUUGUUGCAGAGAAAAAGUUAUGUGGUGGCUCGCAUAGUCGAUUACGGAGUGAACGUUAAUUACUUAUGCGAAGAUACUUGCCUGUACGGUAAACCUCGAGUAAUAAAAGGCGUACCAUUCUACCGGCAGGAAAUAAACCAGCGGACAUAUUUUUUCGACUUGCCGUUAUUUAAUAAACCGCUAUACAGUGACAAGAAAUCGUUGAACGUUUACACGAGGAAAGGGCGCAAAAAUAUCUUGAACGACUACCUUGUUUUGCCCGAAAAACAAGUUUGCCAGUGUUCGGAUAACUAUUUCCUUGAUCGCAAACUAAAUGCGCAUAUUUUCUGGAAUUGUUCGGAUUCGUGCAUACAAAAAGAUUUCUCUGUUUUGUACAGUGGGAUAGUGGAGCAUUGGACUUUGGAGUUCGGUCUUCGAUUCGUGAAUUUUAUUGAUAACGACACAAAUGUAGUCAUGCAGUUAUUAGAGCAAAAGGAGCUUUGUAACACUACAGUUUGGACAACUAAUUUAGAAAAUAUAUAUGUAUACGAAAGCGAUGCUAUUGUAGAACAACUUCAAGAAAACGCGUCGUUGUAUUUGAAUUCGUCACAUUUGAACUACACUUUCUGUGAAAGGGAAUCGAAAUACCUGAAAGAAUUGGAGAGUUUAUUGGACAACUAUAAAGGCAUAAUUAUAUUACUGGUUAUAUUACUGGUGAUUUUUCUGCUUUUAUCCAUAAUCAAAUUGUGUUGGGGAAUAUUUCUACUAAGGAAAGUCCACAAUCUAAGUGGCAACGAACUGAUAUUAAGGAGUUUCUUGCAGAACUUAACGCAUCAAAAAGAUUUUUUCCACAAUGCAAACGAAGAUAAUAAAUCGCGUUUUAUUAUUAAACCAGAAAAUCAAAAUUUGUGCGUGAGUGCUGUUAACGAGAUAUACAAUCAAGAAUGA